AGAACAUCUGAAAAUGGCAAUCCCUUUGUUUUAAUCAAUAUGUAGAUGUUCCUGAAUAUGAGUGGAGUCGCUUUGAUGGAACCCUCUACUAUAUCUCUCAAUCCUCGAUGACGUCAUAUACGUUUGCUAGAAGGUUCUGCCAGGCUCAAGGAGGGGAUCUUGCCCAGCCUAAAACAGAGGAAAUCAAUAUGCAUCUCAUGAAGCUGGCUGGAGGAAACUCGUACUGGUUUGGACUCGAUGAUAGCAGUCCGGAGGGCACGUUCCAAUGGAUUGAUGGCACUCCACUCGACAAUAAUGUAUUUCCUGCUUGGUCGAAUGGUGAUGCAACCCUAUUUCAGAGUGAGCGAUGUGUUCAUAAACAGGUUAAUAAUGGAUGGAGAAAGCUACCAUGUACAUCCUACCUCAGGUUCGCAUGUGAAAAAGCUCCGAGUCCACGCCCAAUCCUUCCCAUACGCAUAAUAGCAGCUACUCCAUCACCCUACGGAGGGGGACUGCUGGAUGCGUCAUUUAUCUGUCUACUCGGCUCAGAGAAUGAAGAGAUUCUCACAUUGUCCACCAGAAGACUCGUCCGUCUGACCGAGACUAUAACUUUCGAUAGUUACACAGCUCCAGGAUACAGCAAUGUUGUACCAUCUGUAGUAUUAAGGCAUACUCUUCCAGCUACUAUGGAGGGCUUGGGAUUCUUCGAGUGUUCAGCGGUGACAGCCAGUAGAAUGACAUCUGUUCCUCUUGCCAUUCUUCUUUCUACCCGUGAAUUGCAACCCAUUGAUGGUCGGUUUACAAAGACAGUACACGUUGGAGAUGAUAUCACACUCAGUGUGAUGAGCACGACAGGGAUGGUAGGUGAAGGCGGUAUAAGAUGGCGGAAAUUCACUGAUGUAGACUGGGCUGAUUCACUCAUUGGAAUGAGUUCUGGUAGUCUAUCACACACAAUCCAAUCUGCAUCUGUCUCAGACGCCGGUGUGUAUGUGACUUACGCGGAUGGAGCGGUGGAACAACUUCCAUCCAGCUUCAUAAGACUCAUCGUGAAGGAAUGUCCUUAUGGCCGAUGGAAUCCACCAUUAUGCGAUCGUUUGUGUGAUAGUUGUUAUAAUGGAGGUGUAUGCCACGAACUCUCAGGAACAUGCAUCUGUCCUCCUGGUUUUGCUGGAAAGAACUGCCUUCAAGGUAUACUGAUGAUAUACAAAUAA